UGUGUCCGAGAGAGCCGGUGUUUCACUGAAAGACACUGCGCCUAACAGGUCUCGGAUGUUAGCCUUUCUUCUGAACCACGGACAACAUCCCAUCUAGCUAGGUUUGACUAGGAGGCUUUCCCCCUUGGGUUUUGGUAUUCCUCUGACAAUCUUGACGUCACACCCUUGAUAUUUGGAGAGAGGACAGAUUUUUUGCUUCCAGCUUGACUUCCAGUCCCAGACCACCUAAUCAGCCAGAAGGACAGACCCCACCCCUUGCCCACCCUCCCCUGCUGCUAGCUAGCACCAGCAUGGCAGACAGUCGACAGCCAGAAGACGGUGCCCCCCAGUGGGACCCAUCAGGGGGGCAGGAACCCACUGACACCCAUGGAGCCAAUGGCUACUCCUCCUCCGCCUACAGGACCUGCCAGCCUGGUGGGACCCACAUGGCCACGGGCUCCUACUCCACCAGGGAGAAUGGCUUCAAUGGGGAGCUAACUGGAGCCCCUGCUAUAACUGCCGAGCAAGUGUCAGCACGGAUUGUGCAGGAAGUGACGGCGGAGGCAGUGGCGGUACUAAAGGGAGAGCAGGAGACUCAAAGGCUGCCAUCAGUUGAAGACACCACAAAUUUGCCUCCCUCUCCUCCCCCCUCACCUGCUGCGGAGCACUUUGGUCCUCUGGAACAAGAUGUAGGGGAUGAGGAGGAAGCAGGCCCUCUCCGCCGCUUCCAAAAUUCUCGGGAGAGGUGCAAGUUCCUCGCCCCCUCCAUCUCAGUUUCCGUGCCCGAGGACGACCCCUACCACUCUGACGAGGAGUACUAUGAGCACCCAUUGUUCAGCCCAGAGUGGACGCUCUCGGGCUCUCGCCCCACAGGGCAGGCUGUGGCCUUUAGACAGAUUGAAGAAGAGACCAUGGAGGCUCUUACAGCUGAAUACGAGGAGGAGGUGGAAGAGGAGGAGGAGGAGGAGGAGAGUGCAGCAGAGUCCGAGGCAGCUCUUGAUGAGCAGCAGUGGAGCGGGGAAGAGCCCGAGCUGGACAGCCCCCAAGCUGAGCCCUUAGAGCAGGCAGAGGCCACAGACGAGGCCCAGGAUCUAGACCUGGAGCUGGGCGAAGCAGCUAGUGCUGCUGCAGAAAGCUCUGUGGACAGAGAUGAGGAGGAAGCAGAGGUUGGGGAGAGCCCUGCGACAGCUUUAAAGAUGGACUCAGACAAGCAGGGAAGCGAGAAAAGUGGUUCCAUGAGCCCAGACAGCAUUGGAUCGGAGAAACGCCCAGAGGAGUUUUUUGAGCCCCAGAUGCAAGGGUUCUUUGCUGGUGAACGAGUUGUACCAGAGAGCCCUACCAUGGAUAUGCCAUCGUUUGUACCUCCGAAUGUUCAAAACCAAGCCAAAGAAUCUGCCAAAUCACUCACACUUCAGCCUACGUAUGGUGAGCCAAUCACAGUGUCAGAGAAACAGCCGUCAGUGGAGGUGGUGGAGAUCAGUAGCAUCGGUGCUCCUUCUAAUUUCUCGUCACUGGGAGAUAAAGUUCAAGGAGGAGAAUCAUUGAGGGACGCUACAGACAGAUCUGGCAUGUCAGCAUAUUUUGAAACAUCAGCCAUCAAGGUUGAUGAGGAUCCCCAAUGUAAGGCCGAGGGUUAUUACGAACUGAGCAGAUCUGGUGAAGAGAAGAGCACAGUUGAUGCCAGGCCUCAGGAGAUCAGCUACAGCACACUAGCUGAAGCUCAGGAUAAACAAGAAACUGAAGAGCGUAAAGCAGAAGACUCUAAAAUGUUCACAGUUCCUGACAGGAGUAAUGAAUGCAGGCUUUCCCCAGGUAAACUGGCCUUAGAGCAGAGGAGCUACUCACUUAACAUCACCAUUGGCACAACAGAUCCCAGUGGCAGAGGCAGACCUAGAAACUUCUCCCCACUGGCCACAGAUAUCAUGUCAUAUACUAGUGGAAGUCUAGAUGAAGCUGCUGCAGACUACCUCCCAGUCACUACACCCUCCGCGGAUAAGCCUCCAUCCUUGCCUCCACUGAUCCUGGAGACUGCGGCUUCCAUUACUUCAGAUUCCUCAUCUCCUCCAAGGACCAUUGAGCCAGUUUCAAUACCCAGUCCUGAUCCGGAGUCAACAGAAUCACCAGAGCCCCUUAAGAGCACCUAUAAAAAUGACACAGUGAUGGCGCAGGACUUGCCUGAGAUGCUGGACCUUGUUGGUACCCGUUCCAGACUGGCAUCAGAAAACACUGACCCAGAAAUCACCCGGAGAAAGUCAAUUCAAGUUGAUUUUCCAGCUUUCGCUGAUGACCCACUAGCUAGCCUAGUUUCAGGGGAACUAAGUCCUGGGGCCAGAAAGAGUGAAAGCCAGCUGGAAGAAAUUGGCUACUGUGUGUUCAGUGAAUAUUCUGGACCCAUGCCAUCACCUGCAGAUUUGUUCAGCCCUACAAGCAUGUCUGCACAGGUCUUCACCCCCUCCGCCCUGGAGGAGCAUGUGGCUGCGCAAGCAAGAAGGUUAGCUGUCAGAGACACAUCUGUGGAGGACGAGAGCAAGCCAUCAAUAAUUGCUGAUGUCACUGAAGAGAAAGAUCAGAAGCAAGUAGAGACAAAAUACUCUGCUGAAGAAAAAGGCAAGGUGAUUACAGAUGAGCAGUUGACAAAAUCUGUAAGUGAGAUGCCAUUUGUUCAGCCAAGUGAGUCUUUUGUGACACCAACGGUCACUGUGACUCUAGAAGAAGGUGGGAGGUCUGAGAGUGAGACUGAACGACAAGCCAGUGGCGAAGGCUCAGUUUCAGAAACCGAGAUUGCUGACUACGAGAGGCAGAUCCGUAAAUUGGAGAUGGAGGACAGGCCUCUUAGUAUGGAGGAGGAGAGAGAACUGCAGGAGCUUCGAGAGAAAGUGAAACUGGUCCACCAGGAGGCCUAUGAAGAAGUGGAUGCCGAAGAUGUGUACCAGCUGACUGGUGUUGCCAAGGACCGGAUUGCCAGGCCUGUCAAAACUUCACCUGCUUCUUCUGUGGAUAGCAACAUCGAAGAUGACAAGCUACUGUCUCCAGUGCUCUCACCGUCAAAGCUUAAACAAAGAGAAGUUUAUGGUUCCCCCAAAAGAACAGUUUCACCCGUGUUAGGAAUAAACAAAGAGAAAGAGGAGUCAGAAAGACAAAUGAGGGAAGAACAAGAGAAGGAAGCAGUCGAGAAGAAAAUGAAAGAAGAGAAAGUAGAGGCAGAGAGGAAAAUCAGGGAAGAGGCUGAACAAAAAGAUAGGGAAAUGAAAGAGAGACAAGAGACGGAAAGGAAAGCGAAAGAAGAGGCAGAGAGAAUACUGAGGGAAGAAAAAGAAAGGAAGGAGAAAGAACAGAAAGAGCUAGAGAUAAAAGAAAAGCAAGACAACCUAGAGGAAAAAGCAGCCACAAAGCCUGUUGAGAAAGAAAAGGGGAAAGAGGAAGGGGAGGAAGACGAGUUAGAGAAAGCAGGGGCAGGAGCAGAAGUGACAAAGGAGAUCCCAGAGACUUGUGCUGCCAUCGAAUCAGUAGUGACAGUUGAAGACGAUUGUAUCACUGUUGUCCAGACCAUCGAUGAAGCAGAUGAGCCCGGACACAGCGUUCGAUUCUCUGGUCCACCUGAGGCUGGAGCCCUUUGUGACGCUGACCAGAAAGAGGAAGAGGAAGAGUCUGUGGAGUCGGCCCAAGAAGCAGAUCUGGAGGCUGCAAGUCUAGAGGAGAUGGUAGAUGUUCCUGAGACCCCUGCCUCCCCUGUGAAGGAGGCUCAAACCACAGACACUGAAGGACCAACCGACAGCUACGAUAGAGACGAAACCACGAUGGAUGACUCCAUCCUGGACAGCUCCUGGGUUGACACACAAGAUGAUGAUAAGAGUAUGGCGACAGAACAGAUCGAGCCUUUGCCUAAGGUGCCCAGCGCAGUCAAAAGGUCUGCAGACAAGCAGACACAACAGAAGAAGUCGGAGAAACAGGAAAAGCUGGUCAAACCCAAGGCCAAGGGAGGACGGGCUAAAGGCCGUAUCUCCACACCAGAACGCAAACCUGUCCGUAAAGAACCUGUCUACAUCCCCAGAGAGGAAAUCAAGAAGAAAAAAGCAGUGAUAAGGACCGAGUUUACCAAAAAAAUGCAGACUCAGAGUCAAUCCCCAUCCAAGCGGAGUGUGAUGAAAACAGCCGUCCGCCAGACCCGCCCCACCCAACACCACUCCUGUCCUAGAAGGAGACCCACAGAGGCGCUACCAGACAGUCGUCAGCCUCUGAGUGUUGCCAGACAGUCUCGCAACAGAGCAUUGGACGGUAGGUCAUGGAGCCCUGAAAAGAGGUCCUCUGUGCCGCGGCAUGCCUCCAUUCUGAGUCGCCGCGCAUACCAUGACCAGGAGGAGAGCUCCACCUCCAUCACCAGCUCCGGCUCCACGGCUCCUCGCAGACCAACAUCAUUUCGUACAGAGAUGAAGGCAGAGCAUAGGACAGGACGAGCCCCGAGCAUGACAGAAUCAGUGCGAUCCCGUUCAGCUCGCAGUGGCCACUCCACCCCCCGCACCCCUGGCUCCACAGCCAUCACCCCCGGAACCCCUCCCAGCUACUCAUCGUCCUCACGGACCCCUGCAACCCCACGCUCCCUCAGCUUGAUUUGCCAGGAGAGGAAGGUGGCUGUGGUACGCACCCCACCCAAGUCACCUGCAACUACGCCCAAACAGCUCCGCAUCAUCAACCAGCCUCUGCCUGACUUCAAGAACAUCAGGUCCAAGAUCGGCUCCAUAGAGAAUAUCAAGUACCAGCCCAAAGGAGGACAGAGUCAUAUUUUAACCAAGAAGCCGGACUUCAGUCACGUACAGACAAAGUGCAGCUCCAAGGAUAAUCUGAAGCACUCUCCCCGUGGAGGCAAUGUGAUGAUACAGAACAAGAAGAUAGACUUGAGCCACGUGACCUCCAAGUGUGGCUCUCUAGACAACAUCCAUCAUCGACCAGGGGGCGGUAACGUGCGUAUAGAGACUGUGAAGUUGGACUUCAAAGACAAAGCCCUAGCCAAGGUGGGUUCCCUGGAUAAUGCUCAGCACACCCCUGGUGGAAGCCGUGUCCCGAUUGAGAGCCACAGGCUGAUGUUUCGCGACCAAGCAAAGGCACGAGUGGACCACGGGGCUGACAUCGUCGUCCAGUCGCCAGACCUGUCGGUGUCCCCCCAGCGCCACCGGGACAGCCACCUAUCAUCCUCCGGCAGUCUCAAUGUGCUGGAGUCGCCGCAGUUAGCCACCCUGGCUGAGGAUGUCACUGCAGCUCUGGCUAAGCAGGGUUUGUGAACACUGGAUCUUUGGAUUCCUGCUCUGCACCCCGGACAUCCUCACCCUGAUCCCUUCAAACUUUUCUGCCCACUUCUGCCACCCUGAGGCCAACUUCAGCUAAACCACAGCCUCUAAACAUCGUCACUUCAAGAUCCAUCACUCAACUUUAAGUAGAGACUCGAAUUAGGAGCUACUGUA